CCGAUUCCCACCAGUUGAGUUUGAGACAGAGAGAAGAAAAAAAAGAACAUAACAUGCAUUGAAAAAAAAAUAUAUAUAAAUUACAGCAGGAAAUUCUUAUUUAUAUUAUUUACAAUGAUUGAAAAUAAUUCCAAACCAUUAUUAAUGAGGUAUAUUCGAGAACAAAAAAAAACAAUGAAGUUUUUUUUAGAAUUUCGUUUUUUUGUUUUCAUUUUAUUAAUAAACUUUAAUCCUAUAUGGAUUUUAUUUUUUAGUCCGUUUAAAAAUGGAUUCAUCCGGUUCGCAACAAAAUUCCAUAGGAACAUCAGGUGGAAAUGUUAUUGUUUUAAAUAAUAAUGAUUUUAUGCAACAACAACGAACAAGUCUUGCAAAUGGACAACAGAUUAUUCUGAAAGCAAGUACAUCCCCAACAUCAAAUUCAACUACAACAACAACCUUACCACAAGGACAAAUUCUUCAAACAGCUGAUGGUCAAUUAAUUAUAUUACAAAGUGGUGACCAAUCUCAACAGCAACAAACACAAUAUGUACAAGUCGGUGGACAAAUUUUACAAUUAAGUAAUCUUCAAACAACACAACAACCACAAACUAUUACUAUUCCAGCUAGUGCUCUUCAACUCGGUAGUAAUGGACAACAACUUAUACAAUUAUCCACACCAACUAAAAAUCAAACAACAACAAAUCAACAAAAUGGAACGGUUAUAAUGAUGGUACCAGGUAAUUCAGGGCAGUUACAAGCUGUUCAAAUGCAAACAAGUGGUUUGACAACGUCAUCGUCAGGUCAAUCACAAACACAAACAACUGUGACAUCUGAACCUACAGAAGAAGAACCAUUAUAUGUUAAUGCUAAACAAUAUAAUCGAAUAUUAAAACGACGUGCUGCUCGUGCUAAACUUGAAGCUGAAGGACGAAUUCCACGCGAACGUAAACGUAAAUUUCUUCAUGAAUCCCGUCAUCGACAUGCAAUGAAUCGUGUUCGUGGUGCCGGUGGUCGUUUUGCUCCUGGAUCAAAACAAAAAGCAUAA